AUGUUGGUAAUGCAGAGAAGAUUUAAGAAAUGUACAGAAUGUGGCAAGGCCUUUAUCCAUUGCUUUAAAUUUAUUCAAUGUAAGAGAAUUCAUACUGAGGAGAAACAUUAUAAAUGCACAGAGUGUGGCAAAACCUUUAAUAAUAGUUCCACUCUUAAUAGGCAGCAAAUAAUUCAUACUGGAGAGAAACCUUAUAAGGGUUGUGGGAAAGCCGUUAACCAAAUUCCUAGCUUUAUUCAACAUUGGCGAAUUUGUACUGGAAACCAUUCAGAUGUAAAGAAUGUGGCAAAGCCUUUACCCAGAGCUCAAGUCUUAGUCAACAUCAGAUAA